AUGGCAAGAACCCAACCAUUGGCAGUUGGAAGGCCAAGUAAUGGCAGUAAUGGAAUGUACAAUUUUGUAACCACAUUGAAUAUUGAUGUUGUAUGUCAGCAGCUUUUAGUCUUGCCAGUUUUUAUCACCUGUGGGUGCAUGCCAAGAACAAAAACUGAUGGUUGGUUUGUAAAUGCAGAUGAAGAAGAUCGAGCAAUUGUUGCUGCCCAUGCAAUCCAUGGAAAUAAAUGGGCAUCCAUUGCAAGGAUGCUACAAGGAAGAACUGACAAUGCAAUCAAGAACCACUGGAAUUCCACUCUAAGACGCAAAUACCUUGGAAUUGACAAGUGGAAAAAGGAAUUGUCUUCAAGUGGGUCUGAAAAGAUGAAAGAAGAUUACAGUGGUGAUAUGGAAAAGAAUAAGCUAAUUGGAGACGACAACAGUGCAGAUGGGGUUGUUAAUUCUCUGAUAGAAGACAGAGGUGAAGUUGGAAGUCCUGACUUAAUUUAUCCAAAGAGGGUACUAGAGAAUAUGCCAGAUAAGGCAGAUGACAAGAAUAGGGAAGGGGGUUAUCUAGAUGAUAAUGACCAAGCACAGGCUGCCGAGCAUAAGCCUGAAGCCAAAAUAAAUGAUAACCUCAUUCGUCCAACUCCCAGAUUGAGUGCAUUUACCCGCUAUAGCUCAGUUGCAAAUCAAACCAAGAUUGCUGAAAAAUCCAUGGAAUCCAAUGUUUUUGUGUCUGGACAAACUACAAGGGUCUCUCCAUUUAUACACCCCUCAACACAUGAUAAACCUUAUUAUUCUUGUUUGACAUCUUGCAGUCCACCUAUAUAUCCAAAUCAAUUAUUUGCUGGUAGCUUUCCAGGAGUACCUAGCCACUGUGGUCGUGGUUGCUGUGGAACUCAAACUCAGAGAUAUGAGAAUUCAAAUCACACACAAGGCUCUUUGUUGGGCCCGGAAUUUGUUGAGUAUUCAGACGCUUCUGUUGCAUCCUGUAGUAACUUUUUGAAUUCUUCCAGCCUGAACAGAAUGGGUGGAGUGGGUAUUGCAUCAUCUGAAAACUCCACAGAGAAGAGCAUUUCUGUUGCUUUACAUACAACAAUUGCUCAGCUGAUGAUACCUAUGCUCAGGUCUCAGACAGAGCAGUCUCAACAGAAUAGCAUUGAAAAUAACAUACACUUUAAUGCCAGUAAAGUUGGUGAUAGUUUAGUGAGCAUGAUGCGGGAACUAGUAUCAACUGAGAUCUCAAGACAUACGUUGGCAGCAGUCCAACUUCAUCAUUUAGGGGAACAAGCAAAGAGACCAAAUAGUUAA